GUGGUGAACCAAGUGGUGAAGAAACCAACCAGUGAGAUGGAAGCCUGGAUUUCGGAAAGGUGGAUGGACCAGCUGGGAGGAAAGGAGGAAAGGAGGAUGGAAGCUCCAGGCAGUGCUCCAGGCCUCCAGAUUCAGCAGGUGAAACAGCGGGCGCAGCGG